AUGUCGUCUUUUGUCAACCCACUUCUCAAGUACCCUGAUACCGCGACUCCGCGUACCACGCGGUCGGCCGCAACCCCAACACAAACCCCUAACAUGACAAAGGACUCACGUAAGGCUGCGACUGCUACUCCAGUAGCUGCAAAAUCUGUAAAGUUGCAACAAACUACCACCACUACUACACCCCGACGGUCGCAGGUUCCUGGCGGAAGGCGAAGCACCAGAAGUCAGAGUCGUGAAGCCGAUGAGGCAAUCGCCCAAAACGGCAACGGCAAGGGUAAAGGGAAGAAAGCUCAACCUGACUUGGCACCUGUUGGUGAAGAGGCUGAUGCUGAGCAUGAGGAAGAUGUUGAAUCCUCAGCUGUCUCUUCGAGCGCAGCACGGCAACAGUUGAAUAGCGAACUGGAGCAUGAAGCUAUUCCUGAUUCGCCCAAUGGCCACGACGUGUCUGGCGCUACCCUUCUGCCUGGAGACUCUGAUGCUGAUGGGGAUGAGAUCGAUGCCAUUGCUAUGGCCGAGUCGCUUCCCAAUUUACAAGCUGCAUCUACACGGCUGCUUGACUUUUUCUCCUCCAGCUUCUCGUCGCCUAGCCGCAUCGCAGAGCUUGCGCGACAUUUGGCAAAUCCCAAGAGCAGUCAAAGUAGAAAGUUACAAUACCUAAGCACCAACUUUUCUUCCCAGUUGGAAUUCUUUGGCUCGGAUGUUUACAUCCCCCUGGACAGAAUGGCUACCAUCUUUCCACCUAUUGAGCACGAAUCAAAGUCUUGGCGUGUUGAUGGCAUCAUCUACAAGUCAAACUGUGCUCAGCUGGCCUUGGAGAUUCUGACUCGAAUCACAAUGACCGAAGAUGUUGAAGAGAGCUUGUAUGCGCUCGAAGGCCAGUUUCCAUUGCCGUUUUUGAAAACACUGGCAAGCGACAAUCUAGUCAACGACGCGGGGAAGAGCGGUCUCCGUCGUCAGACGUUCGAUCUGGCACUUCAAGUGAGAACUCAAUUCCUGAAGAUGCGUCUUCUCAUUGAGAAGGACCAAAAGGGCCUUGACCCUAACUUGUUGCUACAUGAUGUGUUUUACAACGAAAAUCUCGAUACGCAGGCUUCAGCAGAUACGGUAUCUUCACUCCGUGGGUUUCCUCUGCCAGCAUUCCAAGACAGCGUGGGAAAUCUUCCAGAACAGUAUGUUCAGGAUGUUCAGGACCAGCUCCGUGAAAUCACCGGCUGCUUCAAUGCUGAUGGUCAAGUUGACUUUGAUGCACUUGAGGAACGGUUUCCUUGGGAGGAAUUCAUUUUUACAGUCGCCAAAUGGCUUCGUUCAAGAAAUGAAGAACUCAACCGUCACUUGGACCAACAACCUCGUGUGGAAGAUAUUCUCGAUAAGAUUGAGAACUCGUUCAAUCAAGCAGGUGACGCGGUUCUUGACACCCAACUAAAUGAAUCUGAAUCAGCAUUUCAAGGACAACAGGCUAGUCAGCAACAGCGGCGUGAGCUUCUUCCCGCAGCGGAGAUUAUGGAGAAACGUGAGAUAAGCGGAGCAAAAUCUUUCGGCAACGAUUUGGGUUCCUUGGUUGCUCUUGCUCGAGUCAAGGAGCGACUAAGCACGGGAAAUGUGGCUAUCUCUGGUAGACAAAAUGUGCCGGAACCUGGAGCUCGUUUCUCGAGGGUAACUAAGGCGACUGCGCGAAGAUCGCUCCCGGUAACACCACAACCGGGUCAACCUGCAGGACGAACGGCGGGACACCAUGGUAGAGUGAAUCGAAGAUUGCAAAGCAGUGCCCAAGCAUUUAUCGACCACCAGACUACUGCUUCUCGAGUGUCACCAAUUGACUCACAAAGACUUGGCGGCGGUGCCAGCUCAUCGCGCAAACGCGCACGAGAAGAUGACAUCGAUGAAGAUGAAGAUGGCGAAUUCGAGAGUGACGACAGACGCAUAGAUCUAGAUGAUAGGCGUGCUCAAAAACCCGUGCAAAAUGCAAAACGUGCAAGAUACGAUAACCAACGAGAAGACUCGACAGGUCUUUCUCCGCCUGUUCGUCGAGCUGCUCCAUCUGCCACUGCGGCGUCUGGAUCUCAAUCAUCACCUCCAAAACCGGCACAAAUUCGUCGAAACUGGACAGUUCAAGAAGAUGAGGAAUUCAUUCGUCUAGUGGAGGAGCACGGUACUAGCUGGUCCAAGAUCAAGUCUCAAGACGAACUUGGGAAUAGAGUGCUUCUUUCACGAAAGCAGGUCGAUUUGAAAGAUCGCGCACGAAACUUGGUGAUGAUCAAAUUGAAAGGUGGAUUGCCGUAUAAUGAACUUCCGAAGAACUUUGAUCAAGUCCCAUUGAAAAAAGCAGACGUUGAGAAUCUUCGGAAAAGAGGUAUUCAUAUUCCAGACAGACAACCGCCACGUCAAAUCAACUUUUCUUGAUUUGAAAAUGCUCUGGUCUAAGCCGCCGAUACCACCACGUAUAUACAGUCUUUUUUAUGCUAUUUAUUUCCAAUUG